UCGGUGCGCAGUUGCUAAGAAACCUAGAGCUGGUAGUAGUUUAGUUCGAAGCGGACACCUGCUAAAAUCUCGAGGAUUUUUGUCGAAUUUUUUGGGCAAUUGUAAUUAAAGUUGGCUUAGUGACGGUUUAUUGGCGCGCAGAAUCCUUUGGACGGGCGAAUCGAGGACGGAUCCGAUCGGUUUCGAGCCGCGGUGUCACUUCCGGAAGUUUUGCGGGGGAUUUCAAUUCGACGAUCAGCGACGAACGUUGUGCGAUCCGAGUGCCGAUUGUGAACGCAAAGGGAUCGAUCUCUCUCCAGAAGGGUUCACUGGAGGUGCGCAACCUUCUUGCUGCGUUUGGUGUGUUGUAUUUACAACCUGGUGUUUGCUCUGCUUGGGCAGGAAGAAUAAGAAGUGAGAACGAGAGAGUGUGACCUUCCCCCGGCCCAACAACAACGUCGCCUCUGUCGUCCACCUCAGGCGAGCUCAGGACAAAGCCAAGACUGAGAGACCCCCACACGAAGCUUCUAGCCGUUAAAACUGCAUGCAGCCAUUCGUCGUCAUCGGAUGGAAAAAAGCACCGUUCGAAAACAAGGGAAUUAAUAUGCAAAAGCCGAUGGAAUUAAUGGCAGCAGCAGCCCCGUCGGCCCCAAACAGCAGCACUAACAGUAAUAUCCAAGCCGGCAGCUACUAGAAGGCUCGGAUUAUAUGAUGAAUGAACGAAGGAUUGUGAAAAAUAAUAAUUGCCAAUGAAUAGCUGAGGCGCCAAGCGACUGACAAAAAAAUCGAAUGACAGGGCUUCCAAGUGACGUUUGUUAAGUGUUUAGAUAGGAACGUAUAUUUUUUACUUAAACUGUGUUAGUGUAAUAAAACGAGAGAAGAGAAUUGCUGAAUUUCAACCAAGUGUGAUAUUAAGCGGAAAUACUGCAAAAGGGAGAAAUUUUUGAGAUUCUUGCCGCUGUUAUUUUCUUUUAAACAUCAUUAUUUUAAGUCCGUAACGAUAUCCGUCCAUCUUCCAAGUGCCAUAACGAAGUUAAGUGCAGCGCCAUAGUAGUAGUUUAAAGGAAAAGAGUUAAACUCUCCGGUGAAUGAAAAGUGAAUAAUCAUAAAUUUCGACACAGAGCAAGCAACGCCGAAAAAUAAAGAAGUGAGAAGCCAUCAAAAGCAACCAAGAAGUCAAAAGUAUGAAAAGUUUGUGCACACGGUGAAGAAAAGAUAAAAAAUUGAUAACAAUUUAGCAGGCGUGUAAAUUGAAUGUCCGCUCCGACCGUUGACAGUUUUAUACACACUGAAGUUAUAAGCAAGUGUUUCAAGUAGCAACUCGCCGCAGCAGCAGCAGAGGAAGAACAAGAAGAAGCCAACAAGAAAAGUCCAGCUAUGUAAGCAGAGACGUGCAAUUAAUCAGAGAGCAAGGCAACGAAUCCGUCCAGCGUUCGUGAGAUUCAGUAGUUAAAGCAUGUGAUACAAGUCGUCUUUACAACGAGAUAGCAAAUACUCAAUAGUGCUUCCAGUUUACACAGUAUUAGACUAGUAUAGGAAAUAAAGUGCAAUUUAUCUCAUAAAGGCCAACGAAUCUUCGGGUGAAAGUUUUUAGCGAAAAUGUCUUCCUCCCCUGAAAUGCAACAACAGCAACAUCAACACCAACAGCCUCAACAGGCACACAGCGAGAUUAAAUCGAAUCCACCCACGCCUCCGCCGGAGUUGGCAACGAUGACGAACGUCAGCGUGUUGGACCUGCACAAAGACUACGCCGGAGAUGUGGGUCAAACAAAAGUUUACGACAAGGAAACGAAUACCGUGUACCUGUAUGCUAAUCCGGGCCAUAAGAUCAAUACGACGGUAGCCGCCAUCCAUUCUCCGCAGCAGCUGACGACGAUAGUCCAAGCAGGUCAUCCUCAUCAGUUGGCCUCCCCCGAUCACGAUCAUACAGAACAGAACUUAUUGCAUUCGAGAUUGAUACAAGAACAGCAGCAGCAACAACAGCAACAUCACCAACAUCAACAGCAUCCUCAUCAAUCGCACGAAGAGGACCAACACGUACAGCGACUCUCGCCAGGAGAUCACGUAAUUGACGGAAGAUUAAUACCGUCCGGCCUGAACGGUGAUGUUCACCAUCAGCAACAGCAACAACAUCAGUCACUGGCUCGUCUCUCGCCGGACGAUCAAUCAGUGCGUAUGCUGGACAACGCACAUAUCCAACGCCUCUUGGGCAACCAGCAGAUCAUCAGUCGCGAGAUCAUCAACGGCGAGCAUCACAUCAUCACGCGCAAUGAGAAUGGCGAAACGAUUCUGACUAGGAUCGUGAAUGCUCCGGCCACAACCACCGAUCAAUUAAUCAACAAACUCCCGUCCGACCCCAAUGCCAUUUACAGCAGCCAUCACGGAGACGGUGGCCCGUCAACUCCAACCACCGAUCAACUCCCAACUACUGUCCUUCAGUACGAGAAAGAAAGCGACGACAAACAGCAUCACCACCACCAACACCACCAGCAACAUCAGCCGCAAAUCUAUGGCAAUCCGGCAAAUGACCCCGCCCCGGAUCAAGCGGCCGCCAUCAAUCAAUCCAAGCAGAUCGUCUACACCGUCGGUGGCGAGCCGAAAAACGUCAUUUACGGUGAUCCCAAGGCUGCCAUACCGCACUUUGAACCCAUGAGUCAGGACCCGAACGAACAGGGCGGCAACAAGCCCCAGAUCGAUUAUGUCUACAACGAUGGCAACAAAACGGUCAUCUAUACUGAUCAGAAGGGCCUGGAGAGUUUGUACGCCAACAACGAGUUGGGGCUGAUGGACGGGACGCAGAUCGUGGUUCAGGGUAAUCUGCAGUACACGCCGCAACAGGGCCCGGACGGAACCACCGUUUAUGUGGUGGCUUCCGAUAUGCACCAGGACGACGUCGGACAGCAGAUUCAAAGCAUCCCCGCUACGAAAAUCAACGGGCAAACCACGCCUCUGGACGUGCCAGGCCUAUCGCAAAAUGAUAUACAAGGCAUACUUGGUUCACACCCAUCACCGCAGUCGAUAAAUGUCAAACGUGAGCCCGAAGAUCUACGUAAAGAGCCGAAAAAUUCACGAAGUCAAAAGGUGUUGGUUGUUCAGCCCACAUCGCCCUCGGUACAGAUUAAGGAACCUCCACCCAGCCCUGGAAGUCCUUCGGCUGAAAACAUGUAUGCAGCCCCCGGCACGCUCUACGUGCAGGGUCCAUCUCAUCAGACCAGUUCUGCGGCGACAGCAGGUUCCAAUGUGAACACGAAUUCGCCCAGCCCCUCCUAUGAUCAGUACGGCAUGUACCAGCAGAGAUUAGGCCCGGGAGGUGCGACGUUCAUCACCGAGCCCUACACCUAUCGCGAGUACUUUGAUCAGCAGGGCUAUGCCCCGGCCCGUACGACCAUUUACGGUACGGCGGAAUCUGAUGGGCCCCCGCCGGCGACGACCUACGAGGGUCGCUACUCGUCGAAGACGGGAUCGAUCUACACCAAAACUAUCACCUCCGCCGCCGGACUGACCGUGGAUCUUCCCAGUCCUGAUUCGGGUAUUGGUGCCGAUGCUAUUACUCCCAGAGAUCAGAAUAAUGUACAACCGUCCUUCGAUUAUACAGAACUGUGCCAGGCGCCGACCGGUUUGCUGGAUCCAAACUCCAGCGGCAUACCGGCAUCGGUCGCUAGCCUGCAGCGGAACCUGGUGGUCAACGGUGGUCAGAACAGUCCGACGACCUCGAUCGGCAGUGCGACAGCUCCGCCUCGGUCCCGACCCUGGCACGACUUCGGGCGGCAGAAUGACGCCGACAAAGUGCAAAUACCAAAAAUAUUCUCCAACGUCGGCUUCAAAUAUUACCUGGAAAGUCCCAUCAGUUCAUCGCAGCGUCGGGAAGACGACCGGAUAACGUACAUCAACAAGGGACAGUUCUACGGAAUCACCCUGGAGUACAUCCACGAUCCGGAUAAGCCACUCAAGAGUCAGACUGUCAAGAGUGUCAUCAUGCUGAUGUUCCGCGAAGAGAAGAGUCCCGAGGACGAAAUCAAAGCCUGGCACUUUUGGCACAGUCGACAGCACUCGGUCAAACAGCGGAUACUGGAUGCCGAUACGAAAAACUCCGUAGGUCUAGUCGGAUGCAUCGAGGAAGUGUCACACAAUGCCAUCGCCGUCUAUUGGAACCCGCUGGAAAGUUCUGCCAAGAUUAAUGUUGCCGUCCAAUGUUUAAGUACAGAUUUCAGCAGUCAAAAAGGUGUUAAGGGUCUACCGCUCCACCUGCAGAUCGACACGUUCGAGGAUCCACGGGACACCAGCGUGUGCCAUAGGGGUUACUGUCAAAUCAAAGUAUUUUGUGAUAAGGGUGCUGAGCGCAAAACGCGUGACGAAGAACGGCGAGCUGCCAAGCGCAAGAUGACCGCCACCGGACGGAAAAAGCUGGACGAGUUGUACCACCCUGUCGUGGAUCGGUCCGAGUUCUACACGAUGAGUGACCUGAUGAAGCCACCGGUACUAUUCUCGCCAUCGGAGGACAUCGAUAAGCUUGCGUCGAUGGACUUGCAGUUCUACGGUCACGAUGCCGAUUCCCUGUCCGGAGGUUCCGACAAUGUCAAAUCGCCAUUUUUGUUGCAUGCCAAUAAAGCCACCACGCCUACCCUCAAGUUCCACAAUCACUUCCCGCCUGACGUUAACACCGACAAAAAGGAUCCAAGCAUUAUCAUGGACGGAUCGUUGGUGAGCAACAUGUCCGAAUUCAGCCCGCAGAUCAAGCGACAGCGGAUGACCCCACCGUUGAGCGAGCGGGUCAUGCUUUACGUCCGACAGGACAACGAAGACGUCUACACACCCCUGCACGUUGUUCCGCCGUCGACGGUCGGACUUUUGAAUGCCAUUGAAAAUAAAUUCAAAAUUUCGUCGUCCAGAAUAAAUAAUAUUUAUCGCAAAAAUAAGAAAGGGAUUACGGCGAGAAUUGACGACGACAUGAUCAGACACUACUGCAAUGAGGAUAUCUUCAUCCUGGAAGUGCGACAAUACGAGGAAGACCUUUACGACAUCACGCUGACGGAACUUCCCACGCAUUGAUCGUCGGUACGUGAACUAGAGUAGUGAAUCACACAAUCGGCUAGGUGUACGAAUUUUACUCUUUUAUCUGUUUUCUUAGUAAUUUCAAUUUCCGAUCAGAAGGUAAAAAUUUGUUCGACAGUGCCUUAAAAGAGACAUUAAUACGUUUAACACUUGUACAUUGUUUAGUGUAAGUGGUCCCUUACUCAAGAAAACGAGUAAGGGCAGAUGAAUAGCACAUAUAGAGUUAAGUUAAUGCACGUUUCUAGAUUUUAUAACUUGUAAUUGUUUAGAUUUAUUUAUUUAUUUGUAAAACACAAAAUGAUACUUAAACUAAGAGCAGAAAGGAGGAAACACCGCAAGCUCCUCAUUAUAGCAGAGAAGAUGAGAUUCCGUGGACAGGAGCGUAGUUAGUUUUGAGGAGUGCCCGUUUUCUAUUUCAUCUAUCGAACGCAUUUAUCGCACCUAGUUUAAACGCAACUUCAAUGAACAAACCAAGCUAGAAAUCCACUACAAGAUCUCAAAAUAUAUUUGUAUUUUAUGAGGGUCGGCCACAUCCCGAGGUUGCGGCCCACGAUUUGUUUUGCUCAACUUUUGGAACGGUUGUUUCGAUCGACUACGGUCCACUAUUUCCUCCUCUUGGCCACCCAUCUGAGCCAAUCGUUCCGGUCAGAGUAGAUUUCAGCCAUAAAUUUUUGUGUCUUAAUUAGAUAGAUUGAGAGAUUUUCUCUUGCUUUCUCCUGCGGAAUGAGUACUUAUUCUUUGAUUCUAAAUCAUUUUACGAUUGAACGUACUUUACAUCACAGAAUCAUAUAGCAAACGAAACGUUUUGUACAACAAAAUAGUUUUCUUUUAAUAAUAGCUGGUAGCGAUCAUCCAUCGGUUGCAAUAUUAACAAUAACUCUACAAACGUAACAAUAGCAUAGGCAGAUAAGAUUAACUCGUAGAAAUGUUAGUUUAAACGCUCAUUCUAUAUUCCAUGACAGAUUUUAAUUCGUAUUUCUUACGUAAACACUUUUUUUAGUAAACCCUCAUCAACGUACUUGUCCCUUGAAUCAUUCCAAGAAAGCAUGCUUUGAAUCGUUUUAAAGCUAUAAUUAAUUUUAAGAAAAUCCCCUCUGAUGAAACUGCCAUACUUGAGAAUACAAAUAGAGAAUAAGAACAACGUCUAUCAUCUUUAACACCUAGAGAAACAACAAAACAUUCAGCACUAAUUGAUAAGUACCUGAGAGAUUUUAAUCGCAACAUUAUCAGAAAAGGAAAGUAUUUUAACUGAAACGCAGUUUUAACAUUCUUUCGAAAACCUGCGACGACAGCGAAACAUGAGUAAUGCUAAUGUGAUAUAGGAAGAAAAAGGAGAAGCGCCACAGAAAACCCCCCAGCCGCCCAAAACUAGCUCUUGUGCGAGCAAAACUGCAUUCCCAAAUAAUCUUGCCACGAUUUGCACUACAAAAUGUCAAACAAUUGCCAUACAUGAAAAAAAAACCUUAAACCCUCCUCAAAAACUCCUCGGUGGCCAAUAUACUGCAAUUCAUUGCACAACAAAUAACGAUCACACAAAGUUCGUAAAAUAGACAAACUAAAAACAACCAGACUUUGAGCAAUGCUAAUCGAAUGAACGGUAGGAUAGUGUUAACGGGAAGAACCUUCCGAUGAGUUGCGCGUCGCGUACAUCGCAGAAAAAAAUAUUUGCAAUAUUAAUUUUACUAAUCUUAAAAGAGGACUAGACCGUAGUAGUUACGCAGUAUUUAAUGGCCGCGCGCCAUCGCCCGCGGCUGCAUAUUAUUUCUGUUGUGAAAAAUCUUCUACUUACAGUAGGUAACCGACUUAAAUGAUUUCUUUUGGUGGUGGUGGAUGAUGAUGAUGAUGAUGAUGAUCAGCUAGCUGUUUUCUGUACUCUUUAUUUUAUUGUUCCCGAUUUCUGUAAGUUUAAUGCUUUCUCAGUAGUUAAUAACGACAAUCACACACAUACAAAAAACGAACGCGGUCAUUGUACUGUUCCCCGAUAGUAGAAACAAGGUUUGCCAUUCCAUACGCGUGACGCGAAACAAACGUCAAACUGUGGAACAAUUUU